AUGAUUUCACUGCAUGACGGAUGGAUAUUGUUUAAUAAUGCCAUGCCCAUCCGAAUGGAUGAUGAUAGUGGUGAUGAUAGUCAUGAAAGUGAUUUCCAAGAUGGCCAUGAUUGUUAUGGUGGUCCUGAUAGUGGUUACCAUGAUGAUGAUGGCCAUGAUGGUGAUGGUAAUCGUCAGGCCAAUACCAGUCAUUAUGCCAAUCCCAUAUUCCUGAAAACUCCAAGUUCCUGGUUUUUAUGA